CGCACCUGAACGGACACCUGCGGGCACCACAAAGCUGAGGCUUACGUUUGCGGGGGGGAACAAGUAAAGCAAGAGAUCCCAAAGCGGCCUUCACUGUACCAUUGCACUGCCCUCUCCAGUUCUUCAAAAUGUUUGAAAGCUGGCCGUUCUGAACCCAGUUCCGGAAACUCGGCAGCCGCGGAGGCGCGGCUCUGCGGAGGCAAAGGCUUGGCAAGCUCCGGACUGAGCUGGAGGAGGGCUGCGUGGAGGUGGAGGUUCGUCCUGCACGUCAGAGAGGCGAUCCUCUGGACCCACGAGGCGGGCCCAGCCGCUGCAGACCCAGCCGCGCACCCCCGCCUCGCACCACCGGCUACCGCCAUGGCCACCCCAGGGGCCAAUGCGUCCGCCUCCUUUACCUCUGACCGUCCGAGCAACCCAGUGACCAUCCCGGCGGUGAUGUUCAUCUUCGGGGUGGUGGGCAACCUGGUGGCCAUCGUGGUGUUGUGCAAGUCGCGCAAGGAGCAAAAGGAGACCACCUUCUACACGUUGGUGUGCGGGCUGGCCGUCACCGACCUCCUGGGCACGUUGCUCGUGAGCCCAGUGACCAUCGCCACCUACGUGAAGGGCCAGUGGCCCGGGGGUCAGGCGUUGUGUGAGUACAGCACCUUCAUCCUGCUCUUCUUCAGCCUGUCGGGCCUCAGCAUCAUCUGCGCCAUGAGCAUCGAGCGCUACCUGGCCAUCAACCACGCUUACUUCUACAGCCACUACGUGGACAAGCGGCUGGCCGGCCUCACGCUCUUCGCCGUCUAUGUCUCCAACGUGCUCUUCUGCGCGCUGCCCAGCAUGGGCCUCGGCAGCUCCCGGCUGCAGUACCCGGACACCUGGUGCUUCAUCGACUGGACCACCAACGUGACGGCGCACGCUGCCUUCUCCUACAUGUACGCGGGCUUCAGCUCCUUCCUCAUCCUUGCCACCGUGCUCUGCAACCUGCUCGUCUGCGGCGCGCUGCUCCGCAUGCACCGCCAGUUCAUGCGCCGCACCUCGCUGGGCACUGAACAGCACCACGCGGCGGCCACCGCCGUGGCGGCCACCGCCAGCCGAGGCCACCCGGCCGCCACCUCGCCAGCCCCGCCGCGCCUCCUGGACUUUCGCCGCCGCCGGAGCUUCCGCCGCAUCGCGGGCGCCGAGAUCCAGAUGGUCAUCUUGCUGAUCGCCACCUCCCUGGUGGUGCUCAUCUGCUCCAUCCCUCUGGUGGUGCGGGUGUUCAUCAACCAGUUGUAUCAGCAGCGCUUGGAGGAAAUCAGCAAGAACCCCGAUUUGCAGGCCAUCCGGAUUGCUUCUGUGAACCCCAUCCUGGACCCCUGGAUAUACAUCCUCCUGCGGAAGACAGUGCUGAGGAAGGUGGUGGAAAAGAUCAAGUGCCUCUUCUGCCGCAUUGGGGGCGGCCGCCCAGACCGCUCCAGCCAGCCCUGCUCGGAAAGCCGCCGGGCCUCGUCCGCCCUGUCGGGCCACUCUCGAUCCUUCGUCUCCUGGGAGCUGAGGGAGAUCAGCAGCACAUCCCAGACCCUCCUCUACCUCCCAGAACUAAGCGACAACGGCCUGGGAGGCAGGAAUUUGCUGCCAGGAGUGCCUGCCAUGGGCAUGGGCAUGGCCCCCACAGACACCACCUCACUGAGGACUUUUCGAAUGUCCGAGACCUCAGACUCCUCCCAGGGGCAGGACUCGGAGAGUGUCUUACUGGUGGAUGAGGUUGGUGGGAGCAGCAGGGCUGAGGCCGCCCCAAAGGGGAGCUCCCUGCAUGUCACGUUUCCCAACGAAACACUGAACUUAUCAGAAAAGUGUAUAUAGUGGGUGAGAAAGGGGGAAAAAAUACAGCACUGCUUUUGAACCUUAUUAGAUCCCGUGCAAUAGACAUAGAAACGCCGCAUUGAUCUGUGCUCAGAAGGGCUACUUUCUUCCUAUGAGCCGCACAAGAGAACAUCCUGGCUUUGGAGCACUUUCCGAACUAAGAAUUCCAUUCACAUGUGUCCCAAGGACUGCAGCACAUUGGUUGCCACACCUCCGUGCCACAGGACUGCUGUCAGAAGUCAACCCCUGGGAAGAUCUGCCCUAUGUCUCCACUGGAUGGGAGGACAGCAGAAAGGUUGCUAUUUCCACGGCAUCCGGAGUUCUCGGUGUGGCACACAGCACAGGACCAGGUAUUUCUCACUGCCGUCCAGUCGAGUCCGACUGCAGGACAGAGGCGAGCUGCCCCUGUGGUUUUCCAAGACUAACUCAUUACAGGAGUAGAGAGCCUCAUCUUUCUCCCGAAGAACAGCUGGUGCCUUCCAGCUGCUGGCUCUGUGGUUAGCAGCCCUAUGCGUAACCACUACGCCAGCCCACAGGGCUCCUGGGGCCAGGCAUUUGAAGGGCUCUACUCCAACAAACUAGGAGGCCUACCUUUGGGAUGACUUCAAUGUCUCACUCAAGCAUGAAAAUGUGAAUUUUUAUUGUUGUACAUAUGAUUUAAAGUAUUUAAAGUAUUUUCUUCUCUAUGAGAAGGUUUAUUGUUAAUACAAGGUAUAUAAAAUAUGGUUGCCCCUUUCCUCUCAGUAUAACCAGCUGAAGUUGAAGAUCUUAGAUAUUUUUUGUCUUAAGCAAGUUCAGGCCAAAGUAUUGAAAAUUCAGUGAGAUUACUAUCUAUAAAAGAGAUGCAUUUCUAAGAAAGUUCUAAAGAAUAAAAAAUAUAUAUAUAUAUAUACUAUUUAAAAUAUGAAUAUAUUGUAGUCCAAACUAUUAAACUUCUUUCCAAACGUGAAUAGAGUCCGAACUAUUAAACUUCUCACUAUGUAAUAUAUAUAGUGAGAAAUGUUUAGUGAGGCUACAUUUAUUUAUCCAGAAAACUGUGAUUUCAGGUGAGCCUAACAAACAUCCUGGUCAAUAUUUUCAAAUUUUGUCCCACUAACUGAUACUUUUAAAAAUUGUACAUAAAUCUGUAGGAAAUAGCCAAUAAUUGAAAUGUGUCAUCUAAAAGUAAAAAGUCUAAGCUGCUUGGCUCCUCCACCACCUCCCCAAAAAGUAUGUAUAGUUUUACUUUUCUAGGGAAUUGCAUAGAAAUACACUGCACAUUUUACGCAGAGGGCAAGCUGUGCCCUUGUGAAGCUUAAUUUGAAAUGUGGGGUGAAUGCCCUUUCACAGGUGUCCGUGUUGUUUAUCAACAACAUACAGGGUGCAGAACUUGGGCACCCUUUAAGCUUUGUGUGAUCCCCAAUCAUAGUGUACACAUGUUUGAAAGACCUUUGUAAAAGAAAUGUUAAGCAUGUUUUGUUGCUUAAAGUGUUUUUGUGAAUUUCUUGAUUGGUUGUAAUGAAAUUCUGAGCCUGAUAUUGAUACUAUUUCAAGAAGUUGAACCAACUGAAAUAAUUUUGGAGAUUUCGGUAAAUAAAUACACUCAAUCUGAGUUCCAUAUCUUCACUUUUGGAAAA